AUGACACAGAGAAUUGAGGACGCGUUAACAUCAUUCAGAAACUUUGCUUGCACUAACCGUGCAUUUCUGGGAUUGACUGUAUUCAUAACAUCCUGCGUCUCGUUUCUUGGAUGGUACAUGGGCUAUAUGAGAAAGGAGAUAUCAAGGCAUGAUAAGCACACUCAAUCCGUUACUGUAGCAGUUGUGGUUCUCGAGGCAUUCGUGGUAAUCUGCUAUGGUUCGGGUCUAAUGCAUCGCAUAUGGACUAGAGAUGACGAGAAAUGGCAGAUUAGGAAACAGUUUGUGCGAGCUCUUCCUACAUACCCUCAUCUUCGCGCCCUAAGGAAGGGAGGCCUCUACGUGUUGGCACUGGCGUUAUUCAUGAUGAUGGAUGCUUCGUUUGAACAAGGCAGUAAAGACCACAGCUGGAUCAUAGUCUUCUGCCUGUUCUUCUACAUGCAUCUAGUGCAUGUCUGGGUAGCUUUUGGGUUAGGUGAAGAUUGUGAUUUGGCUGGUGGGUUUUUAGCAGCAUCGUUUAUGACACUGUAUAAGAUUUGUACCGUGGUGCAAGUUAUUCCUCUGCUUUUCGUUGCUGUUGUUAUAGCAUGCUACAAGGGUGUGGUUUAUAGUGGUGUCGAGGGUAUGGGUUUAGGGUAUGGGUUAGGUUUAGUGGUUGAUGGUUGGGUUGGAAAAGAAAAAACAGUGGUGAGUUUUGCGUUGAUAUGCUCCUUCAGUAAGAUGAGAGGAUAUUUGAAGUUGGGUGAUUUGAAAGGAGAUGAGAUUCCUGAAGAUACGAUCAAAGCUUUGAUGUUGCUGAUACUCUUCGAACUUCCUCGGCUCUCAAGGUUUCAGAAGAUGGUUAAUAGUGUGAGGAUGCCUCGUCAUGUAGCAGAGACGAGAGUGUUUUCAGGCGUUGCCUUGGUUGAGUUCCCUACAGAAGAGGAAGCCCAAAAGGUUAUGAAGGAGAACUUGGUCUUUGCUGGUCUCGAGUUGGAGUUGAAACCAAAGUAA